AUGGCUCUCGCUCUCCAUAUGCCCGCAGCUGGCUGCGAGCAUUUGGACAAUGACUCCAUCGACAAGAUCCGUCAAUUUCGAGAAUCGCCAACAACCACCAUCGACCAGGACUUUGCUCAAUACACAUGUCUCCAGUGCCCAACAACGGGAAGCUUCCCAGCUCUCGACAAACACUUCUCCAAGACCAAACAUGAGUUUGCCGUGACCCAGAAAUCUGUCUAUUGUGGACGUUGCAACGACUUGGUCUAUGAUCUCAACUUACUCAGCAACGGCAAGAAACGCAAACUAGCAGAAACAAACGACGAAGACGACUCGUACUUGACCGCCAACACCUCUCAACGACCUUGUGGCCGUAGCGGUGUUCGAGGACUGUUCAAUCUUGGUGAGACAUGCUACAUGAACGCUGUUUUGCAAAUGCUGGUUCACAACCCGCUGCUGGCCAGCUACUUUCUCGGCAUGGGCCAUCCUAUUCACACCUGUCCAAUCUCCAAAGAGCCAGAGAAAAAAAAUGAAUCCGAUUCCGAAGAUGAGGAUGAGGAGAAGAAGGAACAGCAGACUUGUGUUGCCUGCGGAAUGACCGAGCUCUUCUCCGAUGUCACCAUGGUUGAUCAGCCACUUCCUGCUCACGCUGUCAAUCUGCUUUUUGCGUCGUGGAAGAACAUCCCACAAAUGUCCGGCAAAGGCCAACAAGACGCGCAAGAAUGGUUCACAUGCAUUAUCGACCGCCUUCACGAAUCUGUCGCCCAAUAUUCCAUUCCCGACAAGACCAACAGCAUCGAUGCAGUCAACGGCGUCCCAACCGUCGACAAACAGUGCGUCUGCUUCUUCCACAAAGUCUUCUACGGUCGCUAUAAUAGCCAAAUCACCUGCGACACAUGCCACACCGUUUCCUCGCGUGAAGACGAGUUCUCCAGCAUCAGCCUCGACUUCAAGAAACAAGUCAAGAAGAAGAAGAAAGCCGCCAAGGACGCAAAUGCCGCCGCCGCCGCCGCCGCUGCUGCUUCUGCUGCCGGUGGUUCCGGUGGUGCCCCAGAGACAACCGAGAAAAGGGAGAAAGACAAGGAGAAAGAAAAAGAAAAAGAACCGCUCAAAAUCGCUAUCCCAACCCUCCACGAGUGUUUACGCGGCUUCACUGCCCCUGAACCCCUGAGCCCCGAACAAUACAACUGCAAUGAAUGCAAGGCUCGUCGCUCCGCUAGCAAACAGACGCGUCUCCGCAAAUUGCCUGCCAUCUUGUGCGUGCACAUCAAGCGCUUCGGCAUGAAAGUCUUGAGCACCGGAACCGUCGUGCCCGAGAAAUACGAAGGCAAAAUCGACUUCAAUUUGCACCUCGACAUUGGUCCAUACACGACUCGACCGCCACCCAAAGCUGGUCCUGCCAAUGGCGGGGGUGGCGAUGUAUCGAGAGACGCAUACAUAUACGACCUGGACUGCGUGGUGGUGCACCAAGGCGAACACGCGCAGAAUGGCCAUUAUUUCGCCUUCUGUCGCCAGGACAGUCGUUGGUUCCGCUUUGAUGACGAGAUCGUCUCCGCAACCACCACGGAGGACGUCAUGAGGCAGGAGGCUUACCUCCUGUUUUAUUCUCUGAGAAGCUUGGAACGAGUUUAG